AUGGGGUUGCAGAACGUUUUGAUUAUCUUGAGCAUUGUCGCCUGCCUCAUCUCGACUUCUAUGGCCACACCAGGAGUUGCUACUUUCUACACCAGCUAUACUCCAUGCUACGGUGAUACCCCAGAAGGCGUGAUGAUUGCAUCAGCAGGUGACGCUAUAUGGAACAAUGGUGCAGCCUGUGGGAAAUAUUUCACCGUUAAAUGUACAGGUCCUAGGAAUCCAGUACCACAUCCUUGCACUGGUGCGACCGUUAAAGUAAAAAUUGUAGAUCAUUGUCCUGGAUGCCCAUCAACACUCGACCUUUCUAAAGAGGCUUUCACCAAAAUCGCUAACCCUGUUGCUGGAAUAAUUAAUAUUGAUUAUUGGUAG